UAGUUCUGGAAUGGAUUUCACCCAGUCUCCCAAGGGAAGGGAGACCGAUAUCCUGUCAGAAGUGCGAGAAGAUGAACUCCGAGAAGUCAGGCGCUACUCAGGAGGCGGUCUGAACUACCUCAUUAAAAGCCGUGUGGUUUUGGAGGAUCUCCAGCCUGAGAUGUGGACAGAGGAAUGUGAGCACUGUCUGGAUGACUUCAUCCAUGAUACAGCACUGAGGGUUCUGACUGUGUACAUGGAUCAGUUCAGUGGACUGCAGGUGCACCUUGGCACCCCAUCUCACCCCACAGAUCAUCUCAUUUUUUUCAUCCGUAAGGAGCAAACUGAGAUUGAUGCGGACAACUUUGUGCACGUUGUUCAGUUUGGAACCAUCCGGGGAGGUUACCUGGAGAGCCUGCUCAGGCACAUGCUGGGCAUCUAUGCUCCACAGUUCCUGGAAAACCGAAUGUGGCCUGACAGUCUCAAGAACAAUUUUUCAGCACAUCUGCACAAGUUCCUUGCCAGCCUUACAGAUGCUCGUUACAAGUUGGAUGGCCACACAGUACUUUACAUUCCACUUGAGGGCAUGAAUUUGCCACCUGAUCAGGUUGCGCUGGAUAAGGAGCUUGUACAGAGAUUGGAAACUGCUGUUGUUCACUGGACUCGUCAGAUUAAAGAUGUACUAAGUGCACAGGAGGCUGUAGAGACAGGCGAGAUCUCGGGACCAUUGGAUGAGAUUGACUUCUGGCGCAACCGGUGUGAUGAUCUGUCGGGGAUUGGUUUCCAACUGGAUAAAGCUGGUGUCAAACACAUCCAGUCUAUCCUUGAACUUUCCAAAUCCUCUUACAUUGGUCCCUUUCUCAAACUAGCCAAGCUUAUCCAGGAUGGACGUUCACAGGCCCAGUCAAACCUCGGCUUCCUGUCUGUCCUCACCAGUCCCUGUGGGGAGCUGGUGAAGCUGAAAGUCAAAGACAUUCCAGCCAAGCUGCCUCACAUCCUCAACCUCAUCCGGAUCAUCUGGGUUAACUCGAAGUUCUACAACACCAGGGAUCGCAUCACCGCGCUCUUCCGUAAAGUGUGUGACUGCCAGGAGUUCUUUGCCCGAUGGGAAGAUGGUGAGCAGAUACCCCUGCCCUGUUUUGGGGGACAUCGCGGUCCUGAAAUAACACGAAGUCUCCUCGAGAUUGAAGCCACCUUCGACAAGAUCCUCCAGAUGCUAAAACUCAUGAAGAACGAAAUCCUGGAUGUGAAGAAUACUUUCUGGCACGAUGAGUACAGCAGGUUCCGUUCCGGUAUUAAAGACCUGGAGGUGAUGAUGCAGAAUCUCAUCUCAUCCUCGUUUGAAACCAUGACGACAGUGCAGCAUGGAGUGGAGUUUCUCGAUGUAUUCCAGCGGCUUGCUAACCGUGAGACCAUCAAGCGGACCAUUGAUAAGAAGACUGUGGAAGUGUACAUACUGUUCAAUGAUGAGCUGUCGCUGGUGAACAAAGACCUGAACAGGAAGGCCAUGCAUCUUGCCCCACAGAUGCCACGUUACGCUGGCCAGGCUCACUGGGCACGCUCUCUUCGGCGUCGCAUCGACAGGUCAAUGGAGAUCCUGACCCAAGCUACAUUCCUGCCCAAAAUUGGAUUGGGUGAAGAGACGAUGGUGGUCUACCAGACACUGCAGCAGAGCCUGGAUGAAUUUGUGCGCAAAGUCUUCACAGAGUGGACAGUCAAUGUAGACCGGGAAUGCAUGAAGCGCCUGGAGAGACCUCUGAUGGUCCGCAAUCUCGAUGACCGAGGCAAACUCAAUGUAAACUUCGACAUGUACCUGCUGGAGUUGUUUGAUGAAAUCCAUUACUGGGAACGUUUGAACUUUGAGAUCCCCCACUAUGUUAUUGAGACCUACCAGCGAAGGGAGGACCUCAGGAUGCUACGGGAGCGUGUUCUGCUGGUUGUUCGUGAUUACAACAGAAUCCUUGAUGAGUUGACGAAAGAGCAGCGGAACCUCUUCCGAGACAGAAUCAAAUUCCUGGACAAGAAAAUUACUCCAGGCCUGACGAAGCUUCAGUGGACGGCCAGAACACUGUCCAGUUACUUCAUUGAUGAUUGCCGGAUGCAUGCGCGACAGCUGCAGCUGACAAUUGAUGAGUAUAAAGCGUCCAGUCAGGCAAUAAAACAAUACGCCUAUCAGAUGAGUGAAAUGCUGCUGGUGCAUAUCGACAGUAAGCGCACGUACAGUGACAAGGAGUUUCGAGAAGCACAGCAGACACAUCAAGAAAACAUCCAGACAAAACUACUAAAACUACACAAGGAGGUUGUAACAAUCAUGCGUCAGACAUAUCUAGUCUUUAAGAGUGACGGAUCUGAGGUGCAGCAUUAUUGGUUGAAUUAUGCCAAAAAGGUUGAUCGAACGGUGGAAGAAGCCUUCAGACUGAACAUUAAACGAUCAUUGCUGGAGCUGUCCAAGGCCAUCAAUGGGGAUGCCAAAUCCACACCCAAUGCUCUCUUCAGGGUCAUGGUGACUCUUCUGGAUGACAGUUCAGGUGGCCCACCACAGGUGGAGUUUUCACCCACUCUGGCCAGGCUUGCAAGCACUGUCAACAGUGUCAGCUUUCAUAUUAAGAACACCCUUUCCAUCUUCAAACGUAUCCCAGAGCUACUAACCAGGAGGAAAUCUACUCUAAUUCCUGUUUUCCAAAAUAUUGAGAAUGAUGAUGAAAUUAGGAAGAUCCAAGGUAUGAUCAAUUCGGGCAUGGCGACCAAUGCUACAAAUCUUCAGAACUAUCUGAAAACCUGGGACACCUAUCGUGAGAUUUGGGAGAUCAACAAAGAUUCCUUCAUCCGCCGUUACAAGCGCCUCAAUCCAGCGGUGUCAUCCUUUGAUGCAGAUAUUGCCCGCUACACAGAAGUGGCCAACAACGUCCAGAAGGAGGAGACCAUUGUGCAGAUUCAGUUUGUCCUUCUUGAUUGCUCUCCAUUAAAAUUCUCCCUCGUUCAGCACUGCAACGAGUGGCAAAAUAAAUUCACCACACUGCUGAGUGAGAUGGCAAGCCAGAUGCUGCUGGAUUUCUGUCAGUUCCUUGAAGACAAUGGCAACAAGGUAAGCCAUACUCCUCAGAACUUGGAAGAACUGACCAGUGGGAUCCAACACCUGGAGUAUCUUCAGAACGAACUCCCAAAGACAGAGGCACGCAUCAGCCCCAUCCAUGAGCAGUUCAACAUCCUGGAGAAAUACGAGUUCCAAAUCGAAGAAGCAGUCCAGCGGAGGCUGGAGUCGAUGAAUGGUGAAUGGCUCAACUACCAGCAGGUGAUCAGUGACAGUGAGGCCAUGCUGAAGAGGCAAAAGGAGAAAUUCAGGAGUGGCCUCAUCCACUCUGCGGAGGAGCUGAAGAAGAAGACUCAUAAUGCCAUUGAAGAUUUUAACAUGAGAGGGCCCUUCAGCAGUUCAAUAAACACGGAUAGUGCCCUGAGCAUGAUCAGCGAGCUACGGAAUAAUCUGAAUCUCCUCAAGCAAGAGGAAGAAACCAUUCGCAAUGGCCUCAAUGUCUUCAAAAUGGAUCAACCCCUUUCCAAAGAGCUGCAAAACCUGGAGAAGGAUCUGGAUUUCCUGCAUCAAGCCUGGGAGGUCACCAAACAAUGGGAGGAAUCCUGGGCAGAGUGGAAAGGAGGGAAGUUCAGCUCUCUGCAGACACAGGUUAUGGAGAACACUGCGAUGGGAUAUUUCAGGAAACUGAACAAACUCAGCCAGAUUCUCAAGGAUAAGAACUGGGACAUUGUAACUGCAUCAAAGAACAAGGUUCAGCAGUUUAAGAAGACAAUGCCACUGAUUACAGACUUGAGAAAUCCAGCCAUGCGCGACAGACACUGGAACAGCAUUAAGGAUGAGGUGCAGAAAAUAUUUGACCAUACUAGUGAUGAUUUCACCCUGGAGAAAAUCAUUGAGCUGGGAUUGGAGCAACAUUCUGAUGCAAUCAACAGCAUCUCAUCUGCAGCUACGAAAGAGCUCUCUAUCGAAAUGGCUUUGGAAGGAAUAAAGAAAACCUGGGAAGUUACAGUUCUCGAUCUCAUGCCUUACAAGGACAAAGGGCAUUAUAAACUCAGGGGAACCGAUGAUAUCUUUCAGUCCCUGGAGGAAAACCAGCUGACAUUGUCGACCAUGAAAGCUUCUCCCUACUUGAGGGCGUUUGACAAACAAGUGGAUUAUUGGGAACGGUGCCUCUCUCUGAUCCUUGAGGUGAUCGAGAUGAUCCUGACUGUCCAGAGGCAGUGGCUGUACCUGGAGAAUAUUUUCCUUGGGGAGGACAUUAGAAAACAGCUACCUCGGGAGUCAGCAGAGUUUGAGAACAUUGACGUACAGUGGAAGGUCAUAAUGCACCGUCUGAUCCAGGAACCCAAUGCUCUUCGAGGAACCCAUCACCCAGGUCUGCUGGACUCAUUAAAUGGUAUGAACGCAAAACUGGAAGAGAUUGAGAAGUCCCUGGACAUGUACCUGGAAACCAAACGCCAAAUCUUUCCACGUUUCUACUUCCUGUCCAAUGAUGACCUGCUGGAGAUCUUGGGCCAGUCCCGUAACCCGCCAGCGGUGCAACCCCACAUGAAGAAAUGCUUUGACAACAUCAAAAGCCUCAAAAUGCAAAAGGUAGUUGGAACCACCGCCAAAAUGGAAGCUGCCGGAAUGUUUGCCGCUGAUGGAGAGUAUGUGGAGUUCAAACAUCCCACCCUGCUCGAGGGUCCUGUUGAGGCCUGGCUCUGUGAUGUGGAACGCACCAUGCGCUUUACUCUCAAAGACCUGCUGAAAGACUGCCGCUUGGCUCUGAAGAAAAUGCUCACAAAGCGGGAUAAAUGGGUGAAGGAUUGGCCUGGUCAGAUGCUCAUCACUGCCAGCCAGAUUCAGUGGACCACUGAUGUGACCAAGGCUCUGGUGACAGCCAAGGAACAAGGGGAGAAGAAGCCUGUCCGUGUUGUUAAAAGGAAGCAGGUGAGCAUGCUCCGCAAGUAUUCCGAAGCUAUCCGUGGAAAUCUGACAAAGAUCAUGCGCCUGAAGAUCGUGGCUUUGGUGACAGUGGAAGUUCAUGCAAGAGAUGUCAUCGACAAACUGUACAAGCUGGGGUGUAUGGACGUGACUUCGUUUGAUUGGCUGAGUCAACUUCGCCUUUACUGGGACAAGGAUGUAGAUGACUGCAUCAUCCGGCAAACCAACACCCAUUUCCAGUAUGGGUACGAGUACCUGGGCAACUCAGGCCGACUGGUGAUCACUCCACUCACCGAUAGGUGCUACAUGACACUGACCACUGCUCUCCACCUGCACCGCGGUGGGUCACCCAAAGGACCAGCAGGGACAGGGAAGACAGAGAGUGUGAAAGACCUGGGAAAGGCCCUGGGCAUGUAUGUGAUAGUGGUAAACUGCUCAGAAGGCUUGGACUACAAAUCGAUGGGCCGAAUGUACUCUGGCUUGGCACAGACUGGAGCCUGGGGUUGCUUUGAUGAGUUCAACCGCAUCAAUAUUGAGGUGUUGUCUGUGGUAGCCCAGCAAAUCCUCUCUAUUCUGUCAGCGCUUUCUGCGAACCUGACUCGCUUUGUGUUUGAGGGCCGUGAGAUUAACCUGGUCUGGUCCUGUGGCAUCUUCAUCACCAUGAAUCCAGGGUAUGCUGGCCGUACCGAGCUGCCAGACAACCUCAAGUCAAUGUUCAGGCCCAUCUCCAUGGUGGUUCCUGACUCAACACUCAUCGCUGAGAUCAUCCUGUUUGCAGAGGGAUUCAACAACUGUAAGGCCCUUGCUAAGAAAGUCUACACCCUUUACUCACUGGCCGUGCAGCAGCUGUCCAAGCAGGAUCACUACGACUUUGGCCUGAGGGCUCUCACCUCACUGCUCCGCUACGCUGGCAAGAAGCGGCGAGACAAGCCUCAGCUCUCUGACGAGGAGGUCCUCCUGCUGUCCAUGAAGGAUAUGAAUAUAGCCAAACUGACCUCGGUCGACCUACCGCUGUUUGCUGCUAUUGUGCAGGACCUGUUCCCAGGAGUGGAAACUCCAGUCCUGGAUUAUGGAAAGCUUAAGGAAGCAAUUGAAGCCGAGAUAAUUGAAAUGGGCUACGUGGUAACGGAGUUCACAAUGGCCAAAGUGAUUCAGCUACAUGAGACCAAGAGCUCCCGCCAUUCUGUCAUGAUUGUGGGAAAAACAGGCAGCGGCAAGACCGUGGUAUGGCGGACGUUACAAGGGGCCCUGUCGGCCCUCCACAAGAGCGGAGACCCCAACUACAAUUUUGUCAAGGAGUACCCUCUGAACCCAAAAGCAGUGUCGCUGGGUGAGCUGUAUGGCGAGUACGAUCUGUCGACAAAUGAAUGGACUGAUGGAGUGCUCUCCAGCCUGAUGAGGAACGCCUGUGCAGAUGAGAAACCAGACGAGAAGUGGAUCCUGUUUGACGGACCUGUGGAUACACUCUGGAUUGAGAGCAUGAACUCUGUCAUGGACGACAAUAAGGUGCUGACACUGAUCAAUGGAGAGCGGAUAUCUAUGCCAGAGCAGGUUUCACUGCUAUUUGAGGUGGAGAAUCUGGCCGUGGCUUCCCCUGCCACUGUGUCUCGCUGUGGAAUGGUUUACAAUGACUACUCGGACCUGGGAUGGAAACCAUGUGUGGAGUCCUGGCUGAACAAACGAGCAAAGGAGGAACAAGAGCAUUUGCAGGAACUGUUUGAGAAAAGUGUUGCGAAGACAUUGCGUUUUAAGAAGUCCCAGUGUAAAGAGCUGAUUCCAAUAGCUGAGCACAGUGGAGUGGUUGCCCUGUGUAACCUCUAUGAGACCUUGGCUACAGUGGAGAAUGGGGUGAACCCCGCUGAUCCUGAUAACUACCUGCACAUGAUCGGGAUGUUCUUUGUAUUCAGUCUGAUCUGGUCUGUGUGUGCAGCUGUGGAUGAGGAAGGAAGGAAGAAGAUGGACAACUUUUUGAGAGAGAUGGAUGGCAGCUUCCCGAGCAAGGAAACUGUCUAUGAAUAUUACGUAGACCCAAAAACCAAGGUGUGGACCUCCUUUGAGGAAAAGCUGACAAAGUCCUGGCGAUAUCCGAGCAACAUGCCCUUUUAUAAAAUCAUCGUGCCCACCGUGGAUACAGUGCGAUACAACUUUCUGGUGAGCAGCCUGGUGGCUAACCAGUGUCCAGUGCUGCUUGUGGGCCCAGUCGGGACAGGGAAGACCUCUGUUGGUCAGAAUGCACUCCAGAGCCUUGACCCCAUGAAAUGGUCGAUACUGACUGUGAACAUGUCUGCUCAGACCACAUCUAAAAAUGUCCAGGAUGUUAUCGAGAGCCGUGUGGAGAAGAGGACGAAGGGAGUAUAUGUUCCAGUCGGUGGGAAGAAGCUCAUCACCUUCAUGGAUGACCUGAACAUGCCAGCCAAAGAUACAUUUGGUUCCCAGCCACCACUGGAGCUUCUCCGCCUGUGGAUAGAUUACGGCUUUUGGUACGAUCGAGCCAAACAGACUGUGAAACACAUAAAGGAUAUGUUUCUAAUGGGAGCCAUGGGCCCCCCUGGUGGAGGAAGGACAGUCAUAUCACCUCGCCUUCAGAGCCGCUUUAAUCUGAUCAACAUGACCUUUCCUGUGACAUCCCAGAUCAAACGCAUUUUCAGUACAUUGAUAAACCAGAAACUGCAGGAUUUCGAUGAGCAAAUGAAGCCAAUUGGUAAUGUGAUUACAGAUGCCACUAUUGAACUUUACAAUGCAAUUGUUCAGAAAUUCCUGCCAACGCCAACCAAGAUCCACUACCUCUUCAAUCUCAGGGAUAUUUCCAAGAUCUUCCAAGGGAUGCUUCGUAUCCACAAGGAUUACCAUGACUCAAAAACAAGUAUCUCACGCCUGUGGGUCCAUGAAUGUUUCAGGGUAUUUUCUGAUCGGUUUGUGGAACAUAAGGACAUGGAGCUGUUUGUCACCUUGCUGAACGAGAAACUAGGCACUUUCUUGGAUAUGACCUUCCACAGCCUCUGCCCAAAUAAGCAGUCACCCAUCUUUGGUGACUUCAUGCGGGGAGAUGUAUACGAAGACCUAACAAACUUCAAGGCCCUGAAAAUGUACAUGGAGCACCAGCUGAAUGAGUAUAACUCCACCCCUGGGGUGGUGCCCAUGAGCCUUGUCCUCUUCAAAGAUGCUAUCGAACACGUGACCCGGAUUAUCCGUGUGAUCAGUCAGCCACGUGGCAACAUGCUGUUGGUUGGGAUUGGGGGAAGUGGACGGCAGAGCCUAUCUCAGCUGUCUGCCUUCAUCUCUGACUACAAUACCUAUCAAAUCGAAGUUACCAAGGUGUACCGCAAGCUGGAGUUCAGAGAAGAUUUAAAGAAAAUCUACCGUGAAGCUGGAGUUUCAAACAACCCGACAGUGUUCCUGUUUACGGACACCCAGUUGGUUGAAGAAUCCUUUUUGGAAGAUAUUAAUAACAUCCUGAGUUCUGGAGAAGUUCCAAACCUGUUCAAAGCAGAUGAGUUUGAAGAAAUUAAAAAUGCAUUGUUGGACGCAGCUAAGGAAGAGUCCAUUCCUGAAACCAAUGAAAGUAUCUUCAAUUUUCUCAUGGAAAGGGUGCGUAGUAAUCUUCAUGUCGUGUUGUGCAUGAGUCCAAUUGGAGAUCCCUUCAGGAAUCGUGUCCGCCAGUACCCAGCGUUAGUGAACUGCACCACUAUCGACUGGUUUUCCGAAUGGCCCAGGGACGCUCUGCUUGAAGUGGCCGAGCGAUACUUGAUGAGCGUGGAACUUGGAGGAUCAGAGGAGCUACGCAGUAACGUGGCUCACAUCUUUGUGACCAUGCACCGCUCAGUGACAACCUAUUCUGAGAAAAUGUUGCUGGAACUGCGGAGGCAUAACUAUGUGACCCCAACCAACUAUCUGGAGCUGGUGUCCGGUUACAAAAAGCUCCUGGAGGAGAAACGCAUUGAGCUGAGUACUCAGGCCAACAAGCUGCGGAAUGGGCUGUCUAAGAUUGACGAUACCCGGGAUAAGGUGGAGGUGAUGUCUGUCGAGCUGGAGGAAGCUAAAGUGAAGGUGGCUGAGUUCCAGAAGCAAUGUGAGGAGUAUCUGGUGAUCAUUGUGCAGCAGAAACGGGAAGCUGACGAGCAGCAGAAGACUGUAAGUUCCCACAGUGAGAAAAUUUCAGCAGAAGAGAUAAAAUGCAAAAUAAUGGCAGAAGGAGCUCAAAAGGAACUGGAUGAGGCCAUGCCAGCACUGCAGGAGGCAAUGAAGGCCCUGGAGUCCUUGAACAAGAAGGACAUGACAGAAAUCAAGUCGUACGGCCGCCCGCCUGUCCUCGUUGAGACAGUAAUGCAGGCUGUCAUGAUCCUCCGAGGCUCAGAACCGACAUGGGCUGAGGCCAAGAAGCAGCUGGGUGAGGGCACCUUCAUUAAGCAGCUCAUUAAUUUCGACAAAGACAAUAUUUCUGACAAGGUGCUGAAGAAAAUUGGGAUGUACUGUGCACAACCAGACUUCCAGCCCGAAAUUGUAGGUCGGGUAUCUGUGGCAGCGAAAUCCCUCUGUAUGUGGGUCCUGGCCAUGGAGCUGUAUGGCAGAUUGUAUCGGGUGGUAGAACCCAAGCGAAUUCGGCUCAGGGAUGCUAUGGCACAGCUUGCAGAGAAACAGGCAUUGCUCGCUGACGCACAGGCGAAGUUAAGAGAGGUGGCUGAGAAGCUGGAUACGCUGAAGAAACAAUACGAUGAAAAGCUGGCUCAAAAAGAAGAACUGCGGAAACGCUCAGAGGAGAUGGAGAUCAAACUGGAUCGUGCAGAUAAGCUGCUAUCCGGUCUGGCCGCAGAGAAAGUACGCUGGGAACAGACAGUCAAGGGACUGGAAUCAGAUAUGGGUUACUUGGUUGGAGACUGCCUGUUGGCAUCGGCCUUCCUCUCAUACAUGGGCCCAUUCCUAUCGAACUACCGUGAUGAUAUUGUCAGUGUCAUCUGGAUGAAGGAGAUCAACCAACGGGCUGUUCCCUGUUCACCUGACUUUGCAUUUGCAAACUUCCUCGCGAAUCCCACCACGGUGCGAGACUGGAAUAUCCAGGGCCUGCCAACAGAUGCCUUCUCCACUGAGAAUGGAGUCAUUGUAACCAGAGGCAACAGGUGGCCUCUGAUGGUGGAUCCCCAGGGUCAGGCUCUGAAGUGGAUCAAGAACAUGGAGUCUUCUCAGGGACUGAAAGUGAUCGAUUUUCAGAUGACUGAUUACAUGCGUGUGCUGGAGAAGGGCGUGCAGUUUGGAUCCCCUGUCUUACUGCAAAAUGUUCAUGAGGAGUUGGAUCCAUCACUCUCCCCCAUUCUCAAUAAAUCUGUCAGUAAGGCUGGGGGGCGACUGGUGAUUAAACUGGGUGACAAGGAGAUCGAGUACAACACAGCAUUUCGAUUCUAUAUCGCUACAAAGCUGUCUAAUCCACACUAUCCCCCAGAAAUCUCCUCCAAGACCACUAUCGUCAACUUUGCUGUUAAAGUGCAGGGCCUUGAAGCACAGUUACUCGGAAACGUGGUGAGGAAAGAACGGCCUGAACUUGAGGAACAGAAAGAUUCGCUGGUGAUGAACAUUGCAGCUGGCAAGAAGAAACUCAAAGAACUGGAGGACGAAAUUCUCAGGCUGUUGAAUGAGGCAACGGGCUCACUCCUUGAUGAUGUGCAACUUGUGAACACACUGCAGACCUCGAAGGUGACUGCCACUGAGGUUGCUGAGCAGAUCGAGAGCAGUGAGACCACGGAAGUGAAAAUUGACUCCGCUCGAGAGGGUUACCGCUCAUGUGCUGAGCGAGCCUCCAUCCUCUUCUUUGUGUUGAACGAUAUGGGAAAAAUCGACCCCAUGUACCAAUUUUCACUGGACGCCUACAUCGACCUGUUCAACCUGAGCAUAGAGAAGAGCAAACGCAGCCCCAAACUGCAGGAGCGCAUCACCAACCUCAAUGAAUAUCACACCUAUGCUGUCUACAGGUAUACAUGCAGGGGGCUCUUUGAGCGACACAAGCUUCUUUUCAGUUUUCAAAUGUGCAUCAAGAUCCUGGAGGUGGCUGGGAAACUCAACAUGGACGAGUACAACUUCUUCCUGCGUGGGGGUGUGGUGUUGGAUAGAGAGGAACAGAUGGAUAAUCCCUGUCCUUCCUGGCUUGCUGACGUCAACUGGGACAACAUCACAGAGCUCGAUAAAUUAACAAACUUCCAUGGUAUUAUGAACUCCUUUGAGCAGUAUCCCAAAGACUGGCAUGCUUGGUACACCAAUGCUGAGCCAGAAACAGCUGUGCUGCCAGUUGAGUGGGAUAAUACCUGCAAUGAGCUCCAGCGCAUGCUGAUUGUACGAUCCUUAAGGCAGGACCGCAUCGCUUUCUGCGUGACCUCGUUCAUUGUCAACAACCUUGGCUCCAAGUUUGUGGAACCUCCUGUGCUGGAUAUGAGAUCGGUCAUUGAUGACUCCACCUCCAGGACCCCGCUGAUUUUUGUGCUCUCCCCUGGGGUGGAUCCCACUAACUCCCUGCUCCAGCUUGCUGAAUACUCUGGUAUGGCGAACAGCUUCCUCGCUCUCUCACUGGGUCAGGGUCAAGCCCCCAUCGCCACCCGUAUGAUUACGGAAGGUGUAACGGAAGGUAACUGGGUGUUCCUUGCAAACUGUCACUUGUCGCUGUCAUGGAUGCCCCAGUUGGAUAAGCUGAUAGAGCAGCUGCAAGUGCAGGAUCCACAUCCCAAUUUCCGACUCUGGAUAAGCUCCAGCCCUCACCCUGACUUUCCUGUCUCCAUCCUACAGACCAGCAUCAAGAUGACGACAGAGCCACCAAAGGGCAUCAAAGCAAACAUGAAGCGCUUGUACAACCUUCUGACCGACCAGCAGUUCAAACGUUGCUCCAAACCCAGGAAGUUUAAGAAGCUGCUGUUCGCCCUGUGUUUCUUCCACAGUGUCCUUCUGGAACGGAAGAAAUUCCAACAGCUCGGCUGGAACAUUGUCUACGGCUUCAACGACUCAGACUUUGAGGUCUCAGAAAACCUCCUGAGUAUUUACCUGGAUGAGUAUGAUGUAACGCCGUGGGAUGCGCUGAAGUAUCUGAUAGCAGGGGUGAAUUAUGGAGGCCAUGUCACCGAUGACUGGGAUCGCCGGCUGCUGAGCACAUACAUCAACGAUUACUUCUGUGACAAAGCAGUGACCACCCCUUACUACAAGCUUUCCAUCCUGGAUAACUACUACAUCCCGAAAGACGGAGACCUGGAAUCAUACCGAGAGUACAUCAACAUGUUGCCUCCCAUGGAACACCCUGAGGCCUUUGGGCAGCAUCCGAACGCGGACGUGGCCAGUGAGAUCACCGAGGCCCGCAGGCUCUUCGAGACGCUGCUGUCCCUCCAGCCGCAGGUCACCACUGCUGUGGGCAAGGGCAUGUCCAGGGAAGAAAAGGUCCUCGAACUGUCAGCUGAUGUGCUCCAGAGGACCCCAGAGGACCUUGACUAUGAGGGGACCCAGCUGAUGUUGCAGGAAGACCCUUCCCCACUGAAUGUGGUGCUUUUACAGGAGAUCCAACGUUACAACAUUCUCCUCAAUGUCAUCAGGACAUCCCUGACUGAACUAAAGAUGGCAAUCCAAGGCCUAGUCGUCAUGUCCACUGACCUGGAGGAAAUAUUCAGCUGUAUCCAUGAUGCUCAUGUUCCCCCUUUAUGGGAAAUGGCCUACCCCUCAAUGAAGCAACUUGGAGCCUGGACGCGUGACCUGGUGCACAGGGUAGAGCAGCUGGCCAAAUGGGCUGAGACGACGCACCCACCUAUCAUCUUCUGGAUUUCUGGUUUCACCUUCCCCACGGGAUUCCUCACUGCAGUGUUACAGCUGGCAGCUCGCAAGAACACGAUAUCAGUGGACUCACUGUCCUGGGAAUUUAUCGUUUCUGUGGUAGAUGAUAAUAACCUGCUGGAACCACCCAAGGAUGGUGUCUAUGUGAGGGGCAUGUUCCUCCAAGGAGCAGGAUGGGACAAGAGGAAUGCUUGCCUGGUGGAAGCUGAGCCCAUGCAGCUGGUCUGUGCCAUGCCAUCGAUUCAUUUCAAACCAGUGGAAAACAAGAAGAAAUCUGGAAAAGGGAUCUAUUCCUGUCCAUGUUAUUACUACUCCCAGCGCUCAGGAAGCAGCCGACACACGUCGUUUGUGGUGGGGAUUGAGCUGAAAACCGGAGACAAGCCACCCGAUCACUGGAUCAAACGGGGGACUGCACUUUUACUGAGUCUCGAUUAUUAGGACCUUUGCGGAAUCCUCCCACUCUGAGGAGGAUCUGAUCAUCACCAGCCUGCUGCUGCACACCCGGAGGAACUCUCCUUACCGGCACAGUGUAAUCACCAGAC